AAUGUCAAGCUGUCAGCUGAAGUAGAACCAUUUAUUCCUCAGAAGAAGGGUCCAGAAACACUAAUGAUCCCAAUGGCGCUCCCUAAUGACAGUGGAGGAAUUAACAGCAUGGAACCAACUCCUAUCCCUAGCUACCUGAUCACUUGCUAUCCAUUUGUACAGGAAAACCAACCCAAUAGACAGUUUCCAUUAUACAACAAUGACAUCAGAUGGCAGCAACCCAGCCCAAAUCCUGCAGGACCAUACCUUGCUUAUCCUAUAAUAUCUGCGCAACCUCCUGUUUCUACAGAAUAUACAUAUUAUCAGCUGAUGCCAGCACCAUGUGCUCAGGUCAUGGGUUUCUAUCAUCCUUUCCCUGCCCCCUAUUCUGCACCCUUUCAAACAGCAAAUGCUGUAAAUACAGUUACUACAGAAUGCACUGAGCGUCCCAACCCAUCGGGCCAGGUCUUUCCGUUAUCCAGUCAGCGAAGCAGAAGCAGUAACCGGGGACCAGUCAUACAAAAACAACAGCAGUUACAGAUGCACAUAAAAAAUAAACGGCCUCCAGUGAAAAAUGUUGCCACUCAAAAGGAGACCAGUUCUUCAGGUCCUGAGAACAGAUCAAAGAUCGUUUUGUUGGUUGAUGCAUCACAGCAAACAGACUUCCCUUCGGAUAUAGCCAAUAAGUCACUUUCUGAGAGCGCCUCUACAAUGCUUUGGAAAUCAAAAGGCAGGCGCAGAAGAACCUCUCACCCUGCUGCAGAGUCCUCUAGUGAACAGGGUGCAAGUGAAGCAGACAUUGACAGUGACAGUGGCUAUUGUAGCCCUAAGCAUGGCAAUAACCAGGCUGCAGCCAUGACUUCAAGAAAUACAGAUUCUUGUGCAAUGAAUGUUGUAGAACCAUCAAUAAGUACAACUGGUAUAAGUUGGACUAAUGUAAAUUCCCAGGCAACUCAAAAAAAACCUUGGAUUGAAAAAACUCAGACAUUUUCUAGAGGUGGAAGACAAGCUGAGCAAAGAAAUAGUGCACAG